AUGGGCACAAAAAGAGCGGGUUAUGAAAUAAAAAAUAACAAAGAAGCUAAAAAGCCAAGAAUAUUCGAUUUCUCCGCACAUCCUCGCCGAAAAAUUGCCAUACAAUUUUUCUACCUGGGUUGGGAGCACGAUGGACUUGUACAGCAGCCGAACACUCAGAAUACUGUGGAACAUCAUCUCAUGGAGGCAUUAAUAAAGACUCAUAUCAUCGAGGAUUCUAUAAAAUGCGAUUUUUCACGAUGCGGACGAACGGAUAAAGGAGUUUCAGCGUUUAAGCAAACCGCAGCGUUCCUAGCAAGAUCCACCUGCCCCGACCAUCCCAACGUUUUCUGGAGUGAUUCAACGGCUGAAGACGUCAAAAAUAGCUAUAAAUCAAAGGACGAAGAGCUUCCCUAUAUAAAAAUGUUGAAUGGAGUGCUUCCGAAAACCAUUCGAGUGUUCGCAUGGGCUCCAGUGGCGCCAACAUUCAAUGCGAGAUUUGAUUGUAACAGGAGAACCUAUAAAUACUCAUUUCCAAAAGCUGGGCUUGAUUUGGAGAAAAUGCGAGAAGCUGCAAAACUGCUAAUUGGUGAGCACGAUUAUUCGAAUUUCUGUCAGAUAGACAUGAAUAAAAUGCGUUUGGAGCAGUCGUACACACGAAAAAUCUACGAUGUCACCGUGGAGCAGGUUUCGACGCAUUCUGAGAAUGAUAUCUACUCAAUGGUAGAACUGACCGUCUCCGGCAGCGGAUUCCUCUGGCACAUGAUUCGCUACAUCGUUACCGUACUCCAAGAAGUGGCACGUGGAAAUGAGCAGCCUUCGCUGGUUUCAGACCUUCUAGACCUGUCAAAAUAUCCCAGUCGUCCUCAUUACACCCUCUCCUCAGAUACCCCGUUGUGUCUAUUCGAUUGUGGUUAUAAGCAAGAAGACGUCCAAUGGCACAUCCACGACGCCACACUGAAAACUACCGUAUCCGGACUGCAAAAAUCGUGGGCCACCUACCAGACGAGGUGUCGAAUGAUGGAAAAUAUGAUAGGAGAGCUGGCUGGAAUGACUGAAUUGAGUUCAGAAGACGUCCGCAAAGGACUACAUGAAUUUGUACAGGAUCGACCGAUUUCGCAGAAUUAUGUGAAAUUUGAGAAGAGAAAUAAGUGCGAGAGUUUGGAUGCGAAAAAGGCGAAGAUUCAGAUGAAGAAAGAGGCGAAAAUCGAGGAAAAUGGAGUUUAA